CGGAGGGGGUUUCCAGUGUGAUCAGACCAGAACUCCCCUCUGGAUCUCUGAAUUGGAUCCCAGUGAACUCUCACUCACAAACACUCAGGACCGACAGAACCCAGAACCUGGACCCGGACCAUGAGGAGUCUGCCUGAGGCCUGGAGGCUCCGAGGCAGCGGCAGGUUGACGGUUUGAAUCCCGGAGAGAGUCCGACAACGGUGGAGCUGCUGAGCGGAGCUGUGGCCUGCGGAGGAGAUUCAUGUCAUGUCAGCGGGGAGGAGUGCUGACGGGAGGGAGGUGCAGAUUCCCCUCCAGCAGGUGGCGCCCUCCCUGACCACACCUCUCUCAGUGGCUCCACCCAUCAUCCCACCCUCUCACCGUCAAGUCAAUCCCUGGCCUCCCAACGACUCCACUGCUUCACAAGGUGUCCCUGCAGGCUUCGUGCCUCUUCAUGGAGGAUUCAGAGACCACUUCCUGUUGACUCCAGAAGCCAAAUACUGCUGCGAGGCCUGCAGCCUGGUCCUGUGCCAACCCCGCCAAACCGAGUGUGGACACCGCUUUUGUCAGAGCUGCAUCAAUGACAUCCUCAGUCAUCCCAACCCGGUAUGUCCAGCUGACAUGGAGCCUCUGUUCAAAGAUAAGAUCUUUAGAGACGUUUGCUGCCAUCGUGAGAUCAUGGCACUGAAAGUUGACUGUCGCAGUGAAGCUAACGGCUGUCAGGAGCAGAUGAGUCUGCAGCAGAUACCUGACCACCUGAAUGUGUGUCCGUUCUUCGAGGUUCCUUGUCCGUUGGGUAAAUGUAAAGAGCGCAUGAUGAGGAAGGAGAUUCCUGAUCACCUGAGCUGGAAAUGUAAACACAGAGAGAGCAGCUGCGAGUUCUGCAUGACCAAGAUGCCCCUAACCGACCUGCAGAAACACAAAGAGACGGUGUGCCCAGCGUUCCCAGUGUCGUGUCCAAACCACUGCUCCUUUUCCUCCCUUCCCCGGAGUGAGCUGUCGAGCCACCAGAACGACUGUCCCAAAGCUCAGGUGAGCUGUCUGUUCCACCGCUACGGCUGCACCUUCAAGGGUUUGAACCUUGACAUGAGGCAACAUGAGUCCACCUUGGCAGCUGAACACCUGAGAAUGAUGGCCAACAGAAACUCCACGUUAGAGAACAAGGUGGAGGAUAUUAAAGGUGAGCUGUUGGAGAGAUAUAAGGUGCUUCCUGCUCUCAGCAGUCGACUGUCUGAGCUGGAGAACCAGAGCGACGAGCUGAGAGAGAAGAACCGACAGAUGGAGCAGAAACUGGCCACUAUGCAGAAACUAAUGAGCGCUCACUCAGAGAAGCUUCUGGAGGUGGAGCUGGAGCUGCGUUCCCUUCGUGUGCUCAGAGAUGAGGUUGAGAACCUGAGGGGAACGCUGGAGAACGUCCGGACCAGACUGAACACUCUAGAACAAGGGGGACGGAGCGGGACAGGAUCCGCAACACACACCCUGGCAUCCCUGGAGAAUCAGCUGAAGCGACAUGACGAGAUGCUGAGUGUACAUGAGAUCCGAUUAGCCGACAUGGACCUGCGCUUCCAGGUGCUUGAGACGGCAAGUUACAAUGGGACCCUGAUCUGGAAGAUCCGUGACUACAAGAGAAGGAAACAGGAAGCGGUGGGGGCGAAGACACUGUCGCUGUACUCACAGCCAUUUUACACCGGAUACUUUGGGUACAAGAUGUGCGCCCGUGUCUACCUGAAUGGAGACGGCAUGGGCAAGGGGACGCACCUGUCUCUGUUCUUUGUGGUGAUGAGAGGCGAGUACGACGCCUUGCUGCCCUGGCCUUUCAAACAGAAGGUGACUUUGAUGCUGAUGGACCAGGGUCCGUCGAGGAAGCACUUGGGGGAUGCCUUUAAGCCCGAUCCCAACAGUAGCAGCUUCAGGCGUCCUGCAGCAGAGAUGAACAUCGCUUCUGGCUGUCCUCUGUUUGUUUCUCAGACCGUCCUGGAGACUGGCAGCUACAUCAAAGACGACACCAUCUUCAUCAAGGUUACAGUCGAUACCUCUGACCUUCCUGACCCGUGAUGUUACAAACCUUCGGACCGCGCUGGUCUGAGAUCUGCUCACCUGUCCACGCAGAGCAAAGGAUGAUGGGAAGGAUCAGUGACAAUGAAGGUGGUCUAUCUGAGAUAAGAAGGAAUGACAGGAAGAGACUGGAGGGUGUGACUUCUUCAGACCGACUGAUGGGCUGAAGAACUUUGUGCGUGUGUGUGUGUGUGUGUGCGCGUGCGUGUGCGCGUGCGUGUGUGUGCGUGUGUGUGUGUGUGAGUGAUGGGAUCAGUGUUGCCAUUACAUCACUCAGAGCCAACAUGGCCGCCACAGCGAGAACUUUGUUGCUGCUCAUUACUGAUGCUGUGCAUCAAGUUUUACUUCCUGUUUAUUACCUGUUUACCAAGGCAUGCUGGGAAAUCCAUUGCAGUCACAGAGCAGCUCAGCAGACCAGUACAGACCAGCAGGAUCCAGUACAAAAACCUUUACAUUCAAAUGUACCCAGUGCAAACCAUUUACAUGUAACCAGUAACACCAGGACAGUCCCACAAAGGACCCACUAAGACCACGGUAGGCCCAGUACACACCAACCAAGGCCUGUAAGUUUGAGCUGGACCUGAAUGAACCCAAUGUCUGCAAAUUAAUCUAAACAAAAGACACGUUCCCAAAGUGUCGGCAGAAUCAGUAUGUUCUGGUAUGAGGUCCCAGUACAAGGUCCCAGUAUGUUCUGGUAUAAGGUCUCAGUCUGAGGUCCCAGUAGGUCUGAGUUCCUCUGUGGACCUGUGGAGUUUUUCAUUGUCAGAAUUUGUGACUCAUUUGAUUUGCACAGUUUGAAUGUUUAUAAAAAAUGUCAAAAUAAAAACAUAAAACACA